AUGUCUAUUUCUAUUAAUGUCUUUUUGCAGCACGAAGACAAACAGCAAGUUCAGCAACUUCUAGCAGUGUAUAAUCAAGCAAAAACAAAAUAUGAAGAGCAAAGUAGUGACUUAGAAAAAAAUCCUCUUGUAAUUUUAGAAGGACUUGAUGGUUCUGGAAAAACUUCCAUGACCAAGCAGCUGGCUAAAAAAUUCAAAGCCGAGAAGAGAUGCACUCCUCCAGAAUCCAUAAGAGAUUUACGAGACUACUUCGAUAAAGAAUUAACAUUGAGGCCGGCUUACUAUUCUUUGGGAAACUACAUAGCUGCUCUGGAAAUUUUAUGUGUAUUGCCUGAGAAUGCUGUAGUCAUGGAUAGAUACUGGCACUCGACAACUGCCUAUGCAUUAGCACAAGGUGUAGCCGAUCGCCCCUCGGAACUGGAAUUACCAAAUCCUUCCGAUGAAAUUUAUAAAUGGCCAGAUGAUUUGUUGAAGCCGGACAAGGUGAUUUUUUUGAAUGUGAGUGAAGAAAUGCGAUUGGAACGACAUUCAAGAAGGGCUGCUGCUUUGGUGACUACCCAAGAAAAUUUAUUGAAAGAUAAUGUGAAGUUUAGAGGAGACGUGAUUCAAGCAUACAAAAAUAUGCGCGAGCCUGCAGUUACCAUUAUCAAUGGAGACGGAUCAUUUGGAGUUACUCUUUUUAAACUCAAAAAUAAUCUUAAGUCUUUAUUAGAGAAAAAUGUAAGCGGCGAUGUUUGA